AUGUUUAUACUGCGCAAUCGACGAGGGUGGGUUGGUUCGUUCUGGGGUGUUUUCUUGAGGGGGGUGUAUGGAAAUCUGUGCUGGAGUUUCGCGGCUCCACGUCCGGAGUUUGACGCUCAGCUCCUGCGGUGCCACGGGCACACGCGGCGGGUGGGGGGCAGGAGAAUAGACAGCCAGGGGGGUAGAGACCCCCUUUUCUCCCUCCCUUCUCCCCCAAAAACCACUUCUUUGAGCACCGUGCCACCGGCAGAGCUGUCGCCCGAGGAGAAAAUAUGUGGAGUCCUCGGAGGAAGGCUGGGGACCAGGCACGGCCCUGGCAGCCCAGGCACCGCGGGGCUACGAGGUCCUGCAAGUCCCCUGCCCUUGGGGAAGGGCCAGCUGAAAGCCAUCAGCAUCACCCACCAGGUCCCCAAAGCCUCUCCUGGAGAUGGCUCGAGGUUUCUGGCCAGCAGCACCGAGGACUGUCACAGCCAAACCCUCAUUUGGAGGUGUUGGGUUUUAACCUGCAGGAGGAGCAGGGACGUCCCUGGGCACGCUGUGGGCUGGGGACAGGGCAGCCCUCAACCUGAGAAAGUGCAGGAAAAACCAGAUCUGCAGUGGGAAAUUGGGGAGAGUGAGAGAGGAGCCAUGCAGAGCACUCUGUGUGUGCAGGAAUUAUCCUGAACCUCCUGGCUGAGGGUUUCUCUCCUCUCCUAUGGGAUGUGCUGAUGACUGGGACAUCUCAAGGGGUUUUCUGCUGUAGAAAAUCCCUGUUAUCCCUGUACCAGAGGAACCCCCAUCUCCCAGUUCCCCACAUUUCCCAUCAAACUGGGAAAUCUUCCCCCCAGAGAGGAGCUGCAGCCCCUCCCAAGCCCCUACCAUGGACCAUCCCUUGCAGGACCACUUUUGGGGAGCCCAAUGGUUCUGCAAUCCCUGUGGAGGGCAGAGCCUCCCUCUCCCUGCCCAGUGGAAUCAUCUCCACCUUUUCCCGUUUUUAGGCUUUGCCCCUGAACCCAGCCCCACCAAGCCCAGCGGGAAAAUGGAGCCAACAGCACAAAACCCACCCUGGCUACCAGCCCAGUGGCCACCCAGCCCCACAGCUCCUCUGGAGGGACCAGGAGGCACAGACCUGCUCCAUCCCAGCACAGAGAGCGCUUCUCACCGUGCUAAUUACUGCUAAUUGAGGCACUUGACUAUUGGGAGCCUUGCCCUGGCCAGGCUGAUAAGAGUAUCAGGGAGAUAAAGAGCACUCAGCACAGGUAACAGGGAAGUGUUGUCAGACCUGUGCUGGGACCCUCUGGAGGGGUUAUCUCUCCUUCCCAGAGCCCAGGGCACCAAAUUCCUGAGGGAAACUCUGUGAUCCUGAGGGUCUGUGGAGAGCCCAAGAUUUUUAGGAGCCCUGUGGGAUUUUGGUGACUCAGGAGCUCAGCAAAGCAAGCUGGCACUCAUUUCAGAAUAACUCUUUUAAAUUUCCUUAACAAGCAUUUUAUUCCUUUGGCUGGCUUUUGCUGUUGUUAAUUUAACACCGUGGAAAUGAAACUUUAAACAUUUUUUUCCCCUUUUUUCUUCCCUACAGAGAAAUAUUUUUUUUUUCUUUUAACAAAUACUGUCUCUCUCAGAACUUUUGUUAUUUUUCACCACCUCCACUGACCUACACAGAGCAAUUCAGCUCCUACACCAUCCUGAACACCAGGUAGGAGUUACUAACACCCACUUACCAAAGUGGAAACUUGGAUGGGAUGACACUGUUGUUCUGCAGUUG